AUGGGGAUGGUCCCCAUCAAGGCUUGGCUGAGCGCCUACAGCUCUGAGAACACCUUUGAGUGGUUCAGCACCCUGCCCGGGGGCUUCCUGCUGGAAUACGCCGGGGCCAGCCCGGUGCAGCUGCGCUUCCUGCGCCUGCACAGCCACCGCGCCACGCAGAAGGUCUCGUACUCCUGCGGAGCGGCCCCGGAGCGCGGCCGGCCCCAGCCCCGCAGGGAAAUCCGCUUCCUGGCCGACUCCCGGGACCACAGCUAUGCGGCCAGCCUGCAGGGCUGCCUGCUGAACAACGAGUCCUCCAUCUCGGACACCAUCUUCCAGUUCAGCACGGAGCAGCUGUGGCUGCUGCCCCUGCGGGACCUGGCUGUCUUCCACAACGGCGACGCCUCGCACCAGUUUGGUUUCACAGUCGGACCAGUUUGCUUCAGCUGAAAGUGGUGCCACCCAAACCGAGCCAGCUGGUUCUGUCCCCACCCAAGAGCCAUCCCAAUGGGGACAAGUGGAUGCUGGGGGUGGCACAGGGCUCCCACCUGCUCCACAGAGCUGCCGGUUCCGAGCUCCGUGUUUGGAGCUGUGUUAUGUCCCGGACUCCACUUCCUUCUGGAGUAGAGGAGUAUUGUUUACAAAAGUCAUUUCUCUAUAAAUUAUAUAUUAUAUAUGUAUAUAUUAUAUAUGAGAAGGUGCUGAUUUAAUGAGUGCUUGGGGGAGGUUUGUGUAAUUAUAGUCACUGGGAACUGUCUGUAAGGAAAAAAAAAAAAACAAGGAGCAAAACUAGUGCCAGCUUGGGAAAAGGGGAAGAAAAGGGCUUUUCUUUGCCAGGGUCAAGUGCACAAAUAUUUGGAGGACUGAUUGACCAGGACUGGGCUGGGAAGUGGCCCUGGAGCCUGGGAGAGCCCAGUGUGGUGCUGCUCCUGCAUCUCCCUCCCAGCCAGGCACCAAGUGCUGCCAAGGGGUUAAAAUGUUAAUCUCCCCCAAAUUCUGCCUCUGUUUUGAGUCUCCACUUCACUGCAAGGGAUUUGUGUAGUGUAGAGCCAGGCACUGUAGCACUGGGUGCCUUUGUGGGCAUCUGCACCUGCUGGCACUUGGGGAAACUGAGGCAGGGCCAGCUGAUCACACUAAUGGGGAUGGUUGGAAUGUCCCAGCAUGGAACCAACAUCUGUGUGCUUCUAGUCACAGCUGGAAGGAAAGUUCUCCUUUGUCCUGCCUGUCUAUAGAGAAAAUAAAAUCACAGAAUCCUAAA